AUGGUCGGGUGCAGUGUACGGAUAGAAGAUGUUGUGUCUUUUUAUACUGUCGUAACGAGUCAAUCGGCUCAUAAAAGGCAACGAGCUUUGUUACACGAUAACGCCAAGGCACCGCUGCCCAUAUCAAUAGAUCUCUUCUUUGUGUGUAGCAAUCUGCAGGACUGGUACCAGGCAAUUGCGUUCUUCAGGGGUAACGAGGAUAGAUUUGAGCUCGCACAAUUUCAUGUUGGCUAUGUUCACGAAGUUCGACAUUCCAAUGUUGAGGCGUUCAGCGACGCUAAACUUGACCUAUCCAUUAUCAGACUGGACAAAUUACGCGAACGAAGAUUCGGUAUCUCUGACACUUUGCGCAUAAUUAUUAUCUAUGACGAUCACCUGACGAGGAGAAUGCUUCGUGGUCUUGCAAAUGGUCCCGUUAGACAUAUGAUAGGCUAUGCUAUCAGUAUUGAUUUCGACAAGCGCGCCUCGGGAGUUGAACAACACGAUUCCAAACUACACGCGUACAUAUACCGUCGGCCGCUUGCCCCAUCCAAAACCUCUGAAGACGAACACGGUGUUAGAUACCUUCAUAAUAUGACGCGUCCGCUCUUCCUUGGCGUAAAAGACUACGAAGUGAAGUUCAACCAGACCGUCAGAGGCACACCGGUCGAUAAUAAAACGUUAAACACAUUCUCUACAACGAACUAUCCACCGUCAGUGGAAUGCAUCGUGGUCAGUGCAAAUGGAAACUCCCGAGGUAAAAGACUUUUCGCUAAGGCGCCUCGGGAGUUGAACAACUGGGAAUUUGUAAAGUCAUAUGAACAUUUGAUGGGAACUAUGAUGUGA